CACACUGUGAUAUUCAACGACGAAACACCAUAUGAGUGAACGCAGGCAGUCAACCGUGGCUGGGCUCACUCUUUUGACACUGUCUGUACCCACGCUACUAGCCAGAGCUACUACCUCCAGGAGUUGCCAGUUGUCGAAAAGCAACCCCACGUCGGAUCCGGAUUGUCCGAGCGUGGAUAUCGUCCACUUACAUUUUCGCGACAACUUGCUCGCAGCAGUCAUCGACAACACUGAGGAGAGUGAACAACCCUUAACACUUCGGCCUCACGGGCAUUAAGACCUUUAGAUACAGUACUGACAGCCCUGUAUGUAGCCUCGUGCGCAGGAGCCGGUUUAAUCCAUCCUAGUUUUUCUCAACCUGUGAGUCACUUCACCAAAAUGGCGGCCAUUCAGCACGACGCAGCCAAUGGCGAACAGCCGUCUGGCAGCAACAAAAGAAAAGGCUAUAGUUCGCGAUGACGUCAUACACGCGAAAAGGGACACUGCGCGAGGCUAUCAUUUGCGUUUCCAAGGUCGUCGGCGCAGAAUCAUCAUAGAAUUUUCUCAAGGACUCCGGCGACACUGCAACUCACACGAUUCACCUUUUACUUCUACGACUAUAAGUAUUCCGUAUUGCGUCUCAAAAAAAAAUUGUUCGCCUAGAAAAUUUCGAAAAAAAAAAAAUUAUUUUUUUUCCAGUACCAAAAGCUACACGCACAAAUACCAAAAAAUUUUAUGACCAAAGGAAUCCGAAACAGAUACUAGACGAAAACGUGUUCGAAUAACUUCGAUAAAUAUAACCAGGUUAGGUAUUUACGUACUUGGUCAUACAAUUUUCUGUAUUUCCAUCAUCCUGACAACUUGCAUUCAUAAUAAGGAGAUUACUACGGUAAUACUAUUUGUAACAAUACCAGGUACUAAUAAUAUGAAAAAUCAAUUCUUCUACGUUCAUCCUACAUGAGCUUCUGUAAAUCGACCUUGAUUUCAUAUCCGAUUUGAUUUGUCGAUGUGAAAACCUAACGUUGUAUAAACGUAAAGAUUGAAUGAUAACAGCACGAGUUUCCAUUGUUAUCAAUACCACGUGAGGUCAUUAAAACUGUAACAUGAUUAUUUGAAUUUGACAAGUGUCAAGAUUCGAUGUUGUUUGUUGACAGUGACAGUUUAAUUACAAAAUUCCUAUACAAUGAUAAUGAUGAUGAUGAUAGCCACUUAUUUAGCAACAACAAUAUCUACAGUACAAAUGUGGACGUACAUGUGAAAUACGUUACAACAAUAACAUUCAAAUUCCAUAAUGUAACUAUGAAAUUUCACGUAUAAGAAAUGUCAUUAGUUUUACAAUAUUUCACGAGACGCUAAGCAUCCUUGACAAUACCAGUUCAAUGAAUUUUAAUAAUUCGACUGUCACGUCAUUCGAGUUACUGUUAAAGCACCCAUACGUGUAGUCCACAACGUCACCUGCGCGUUCAAAAUUAAAUUCUUGCGUAAUUAAAUCCUGUAAUUUUUUCAAUUAACCAUAUCACGACAAAUUUCAUUAAACUACAUACGCAUUCGAUAUCACCGAUAUAAUUAUACUGGUGAUACGAUCCUUCGUUAAAUUGUCAUUUUGAUUCGUAUAAUUUACAUCGGACUUAUUACCGUAUGAUCCAGAAUGAAAUGUAAAGUCACCCCAGGGACAUAGAUACAGAGUGAUGAAGAAAGCAAGGGCAACGCGCAGGGCAUACCAACCACCCAUACCACCCUAUUAGUAUUUAGAAGAUACAAGAAGAUAAACAGUAACGCCAUCCACCCUCAGGAUCUUAGGCAGCCCUGGUGCAAGUAACAGUAAAAAAAAAUCCAAUUCCCCCAAAAAUCAUUACAAGCCAAAAGCACGUUAAAAUAGUAGCACCCCAGAUGCGUAUAAAAAUGCUUAAUUGCAGAAAAAAUAUGAUGA